AUGCACCCAUGGAACAGCAAACGAUUUUUUUAUAUUAAUCUUAGGAAAUUUGUUAUAUGCUCAAGUGAAAAACUUGCAACUAAGUUUUCAGGAAAAACUAAAUAUGAUUCACUUUUUUCUUUUCAGGAUGACCUCUCUCAUUGCAAAAGUCUUAGUGUCUUAUAUUUAUAUGAUAAUCGUAUUAGUCAAAUCACUAACCUGAAUUAUGCCACCAAUUUGACCCAUCUGUACCUACAAAACAACUGUAUUUCAUGUAUAGAGAACCUGACAUCAUUAAAGAAACUGGAAAAACUGUAUCUGGGAAGCAAUUACAUUGCUGUCGUAGAAGGUUUGGAAGGAUUAGAACUGCGAGAGCUUCACGUUGAGAGUCAGCGGCUUCCCCUUGGAGAAAAGCUUCUGUUUGACCCAAGAACUCUUCAUUCUCUGGCAAAAUCCCUCUCUAUAUUGAAUAUCAGCAACAAUAAUAUUGAUGACAUAAGAGACCUAGAAAUCCUGGAGAAUCUUAACCACCUCAUAGCAGUUGACAACCAGCUUUUGCAUGUGAAGGACUUGGAGUUCUUACUGAACAAGUUGAUAAAGCUAUGGAAAAUGGAUCUAAAUGGAAAUCCUGUUUGUCUCAAACCCAAAUACAGGGACAGACUGAUACUGGUGUCCAAAUCGCUAGAAUUUCUUGAUGGAAAAGAGAUUAAAAAUAUGGAGAGGCAAUUUCUGAUUAACUGGAAAGCAUCCAAAGAUGCCAAGAAAACCACCAAGAAGAUCACUAAGGAUGAGGAUGCAAACAACUCUUACCUAGGUAACUUUGAAACAAUGCAUCACAUAGUUCCUGUUUAUUACCCACAUGUGGGUAAGCCAAAAUUAGUCUUUUUCUCUGACAUACAGAACUACCUUGCAAAUAGAAAUGCAUCUUCUGAAAGUUCUCUAGAAGAUAACUCUACAGCUACUGAAGAUAUGGGGUAGGUUCUUUCAAAUAUUCCUAUGAUUUACCGUUUUUAAAGAGAUGAGACCUAUUGUCAGCAGUAGGAGAGGCUUUCCAUUUGUCUUCUAGUUCUCUGUUU